UUGGGGUCGUCUACCCAAAUGCAGAAUUAUGUAAGGAAGGUCACUCUGGAAAAGUUUUCCAAAGGUCCAGUAAACGCCCAAGUUGUAAGAAUGAAAGGUCUAAGGGAACUGGCCCAAAGCUUAACAAGGGAUGUUAAAAGUGUUUGAUUCCCAAAUAAAAGAGCCCACCUCUAUUACUCAAGUGUCUAAAAAUAUAACCCCAUCAAAAUUAAAUAAAGCAAAAAGGGAUGGUCUAGAGGAAUUUGAGGGAGCACGUUGUAAUAUUACAGGUACCAGGCACUUAAAGCUUAGGCGGCAACCCCAGGUUACAAAGGGUACUGAGAUUUGUAAACCCCCUAGUGGUAAAAGGACUAGCAUAGUCUUAAGGAAAUUAGAAAGACUGCGCUUUUGGAAGCGCACUCGUAAAAAGGCAUGGGGAAGUAGUAGA